GGCAACAUUUUUCAUAGUCACUUUAGUUUUAUUGAAAUUGUAUUUCAUCCAUGGCUUCCAAAAACACAUCUUCUCCACUUUCAAAAUCCAACAUGAAAACACAUGCACACAACCUUUCAUUAUCAACAACUGCUACCAAUAAUUAUGGAAGUCAUGCUGCUGGAAUCAAAAAAGCAAUGAAGAUUCUAGAAAUUCAAUUUGGGAAUUCACAUACAUCAUCAACAUCGUCAACUAAUAAUAAUGUUGUUGAUGUCAUCAACAACAACAAUAUGAUGAUGACGAUGAAUAAUACUUCUUAUCAUUCAGAUCUCAUUACAGGCUCAUCUAAAUCACACAUUAUGUCAUCUCAGACAAUCGAUUCUAGUGUUAUUGGUGAUGGUUAUGAUGUUCAUGUUGGCACUGAUCAUAGCAAGAUCAACAACAUAAAGAACAAGAAAAAUAUUGAUGAUGGUAGAACACACAGUUUAUCAUGUAAGAAAUAUGGACCGUACAUCUGUCCAAAGUGCAACCAAGUAUUUGUUACAUCACAAAAGUUUGCUUCACAUGCAUCAAGUCAUUACAGGUUCGAAAGUGAAGAAGAGAGGAAAAAAAGAUACAUGUCCAGAAUUCGAAAGAGACCAAAUCUUCAAAUUCAUAAGCUCAAUGAUGGAACAACUACUCUUGUUCCUGUUUCUUCUUCGACGGUUCAUCCACAUGUUACUUCAGUCAAUGAUAAUGCUCAUAAUCAGAUAGCUUCACCUCCUCCAAUUGGGGUCAAAAUCAAAUUUGAGUCUCCAGAUAAUUAAUAUGCUUGCCCAAUAUUGAUCGAAUACUUUCUUCAUAAUCCAAUUAAUUCUUACAUGUUUGUUUUGCAGUACUUUUAGAACAACUUCAAUUGUCUUUUCAUUUAGUUUUUGAUUUCUUGUUGAGUUAAUCUUAUUUGAGUGUAUGUAAUUUCAAACUUUAUCAUUUUAAGUACUUAUAUGAACAACUUUAAAACUUGAUUA